AAGCCCGGCAGUGCCGGGGCAGUGGGGUCGGUGAGGGCUGGUGCUCCCUUCUGCUGCCACCCUGCUGGUGGGUGGCCUUGGCCUUCCCCCCACCCCAAGCGGUGGCAGGGGCCAUGGCCACCGUGGUGUCUCAUGCCUGAGAGCAGCUGCAGGGUUUGCUCGGUGGUCGUGCUGCAGCUGCUCUGUGUCUGCAGAGGGAUCUCAGGGCUGUGCUGACAGAGCAAGCCUUCCGCCUUCCUCCCCCUCUUCCCUUCUCAGGCCGGGCCUGUCGCGGCGGUGGUGACGCAAAGAGGACGUACUGCGCCGCCACUGCCGCCAUCCUGGAGGCCUCAGCAGGGUAGCCUUGGGAGAGGCGCUCGUGGCAGGACCUUGCCAGGGCCCGGUGUCCUUGGCUCGGCGCGGUGUCCUGCUGGAUGGUUGGGCGAGGGGGUGUGAGGAGCCGGCACCCUGCCUUCGGCAUCCUGGCCGUUACUUUCUGCAUUGAAGCAAUCCUGGGGCAAAAAUUGUGUCCUAAGGAGAUGGAAAACUACGUGGCAUCUAUGGUGCUGAGUGCACUUGGAGAUACGCUGGGCUAUUACAAUGGGAAAUGGGAGUUCCUGCAGCAUGGCCCCACAAUCCACAAGGAGCUGGCAGAGAUGGGGGGACUCAGCAACGUCAGCAUCAAAGGCUGGAAAGUCAGCGAUGACACGGUGAUGCACCUGGCCACAGCCGAAGCGCUGGUAGCUGCUGGGAAAAAUCCACGUUUAGAGCAUCUCUAUUCCCUGAUUGCAAAGAACUACAAGGAGUGCAUGAAUGACAUGAAAGGCAGAGCUCCAGGUGCCAUGUGUCAGAAAAAUGCUCUGAAGCUGGAACCGGGGAAGCCGGACGGCUGGAGGAUCCCCUUCAGCCCCAAAGGUGGAGGCUGCGGGGCUGCCAUGCGCUCCAUGUGCAUCGGCCUGCGCUUCCGCCGCACCGAUGAGCUGGACACCCUGGUGCAAGUCAGCAUCGAGAGCGGCCGGAUGACCCACCACCAUCCCACCGGCUACCUGGGGUCCCUGGCCUCGGCCCUCUUCACAGCUUUCGCGGUGAACGGCGUGCCCCCCCCGGCCUGGGGGAAGGGGCUGCUGGAGGUGCUGCCGCGUGCCAAGGCCUACGUGCGGGACACCGGCUUCUUCGUGGAGGAGAACAUGGGGCAAUGGUAUUACUUUGAAGAGCAAUGGAAAAAAUACCUGGCGGAGAGAGGCAUCUUGGACGGGGUCUCGCUGCCUACCUUCCCCUCCAAGUACGGCGUGGAAGAGAGAGACUCCUUCUACACCUCCCUCAGCUACGACGGCUGGGGGGGCAGCAGCGGGCACGACGCCCCCAUGAUCGCCUACGACGCGCUGCUGGGUGCGGGGGACUCCUGGACAGAGCUGGCUCACCGGGCCUUCUUCCACGCGGGAGACAGCGACUCCACUGCCGCCAUUGCGGCCUGCUGGUGGGGGGCCAUGCACGGCUUUCGGGGGGUCGCUGCCUCCCUUUAUGCCCCCCUGGAGUACAGGGAACGCCUGGAGAAGGUGGGCAAGGACUUGUACCGCCUCACCUAGGUGGGGGUGGCAGGACCCACCCCCCCGGGAAGCAUGCUUACGCCACCUGCUGCCUUUUACUUAACAUACUUGAAUGUAAACCUGUGGGAGGCUCAUGUUUACUGCUUGCAUGUGCUGGUGUGGCAGGGAGGCCACAGUGGGGUUUGGGAGCAUUGGGGGAGGGAGCAUCUGUAGCAUUAAAAGCUCUCCUUUGCACAGUGAUUAGAACAUAUACAGCCUGAGACAACUACUUCAUUGUGGCCUACAGCUUCCUCACGAGGGGGAGUGGAGGGGCAGGCGCCGAUCUAUUCUCCUUAGUCACCAGCGAUAGGACCCGAGGGAAUGGAGUCAAGCUGGGACAAGGGAGGUUAAGGCUGGCUAUCAGGUAGAAGUUCUUCACUGAGAGGAUGGUCAUGAGCUGGAACAGGCUCCCCAGGGAUGUAGUCAGUGCAUCAAGCCUGUCGGAGUUUAAGCAGCGUUUGGACUGUGCUCUUAGUCAUAUGGUCUGAAUUUUUGGGUAGACCUGUGAGGAGUUGAACUCAAUGAUCCUUGAGGGUCCCUUCCAACUCGGGAUAUUCUAUGAUUCUAUGAAUAUUGGAAAAAAAAAAAAAAAAAAAAAAAACUACUGGCUUCUGCAUUGCAAA